AAGCGCAGUCUUUAAAUUAACGCGGCGAGGAGCGCACGUGUUAUAUAAUAUUAUAUAUUUUUUAUUUCGUAGUUCUUUUACUUGAAUCCAAGGAACUAAAUGUGUUGUGAAGUAUUGUACUGUGAGUGUGUUUUAACUUAUUAUUGAUAAUUACACCUCAUGGAAUGACUCAUCAAUGUGGAAUACUCCAAACAGAACUUAAUGUAAGUUCGCGAGCUUACGUGCUUGUUCUAUGAAGGAAUUUUUUAUCACUAAUGUGCGGUGACCAGAAGCGAGGAUGCGGGAAGAAGAGCUGGAGGUAGCUCUGAAGGUUGUGAUCGUCGGCGACGGUGGUGUUGGCAAAUCGAGUAUGAUCCAACGUUACUGUCGAGGCACCUUCACCAGGGAUUACAAGAAAACCAUCGGGGUAGACUUUCUUGAGCGGCAGAUCGAUAUCGAUGGAGAGGAGGUGAGACUGAUGCUGUGGGACACGGCUGGUCAGGAGGAGUUCGACGCUAUAACUAAAGCGUAUUACAGAGGAGCCCACGCCUGUGUGCUGGCUUUCUCGACAACAGACAGAGACUCCUUUUUAGCUUUGCAUUCAUGGAAACUUAAGGUCGAGAAUGAAUGCGGAGAAAUUCCUACAAUUAUAGUCCAGAAUAAAAUUGACCUGAUGGAUCAAUGUGUGGUCGGACCUGACGAGGCGGAGUUAGUGGCCCGGGCGCUGGGUUGCCGCCUAAUGCGUGCGUCUGUCAAAGAGGACGUGAACGUUGGCGCAGUAUUUCGAGCGCUGGCCUCGCGCUGCCUCGCCGACCUGAGAGCUGACAGUGAACCGCCUCCAACAGCAACACCACUUAUAGGUACAUUUACAAACCACAACACCAACGGAACUAUCUUACUGAGACCUACGAAGAACCGUUCCGGCAAGAAGAAGAACGUACUCAAGAGCGCUUGCCGUAUAUUGUAAUACCACUAGAAGGAAAUUAUUAUUACCACAUCCAUUUUGGUAGGAAAUUAUUCAAUUGGUAAUAAAUCAAAGGUUCAUACAUUUUCAGAUACCUUUAUCGAUUUCAAUCCAUUUGAUCUGAAUUUGCAUUCCCCUUUUAAUUUCGAUAUUAUCUUGGACAAAAAUUUAAGCGUAGUGCCAAAUGUAAAUAAAGAUAGAAUUGGUAUUUUUAAUACUCAUUGAAAUUUUAUUUAUCACUAAGUAAGAGUAAUAAUAAUAAAAACUAAAGUGUAUUCAUAUCUUAAAAAUAUAAUUUUGACAGCUUACGUCACCAUGACAUACAAGUACGCUCUAUUUAAGCGGGUGUAUUGUGACACAUUAGGUACGUGAAAAUGUUGUUGGCAUUGGAAUGGACGUUUAAAUUAUAUAGUUUUAGUAAAACUUUCACACAAUAUGACAAUAAAAUAACUCUGGGUUCUGUUAUGGAAUUUUAUUAUUUAGGUAUCUAAGAUUCGAAUUUUAGUGCGUUUGUCCACAGAGUCAGGAAAAUGUACAUAUUAAAGUAGCAGUGUAAAAAUGAGUUGCUAGGUUAUAUUUUAUUAAUCUAUUAAAUAUUUAUACUAUAUUAAUAAUUGAAAUGAUAAGGUGAUGUUAAAUAUAAAAAAGACUUAAGACGAGUCAAUUGAAAUGUAUGAGGGUUGAAUUCUAGAAGCGGACUUUAUAACUGAAUUUCGAUCUUGUAUAAGCUGAGACAUUUGUAAAUAUCUAUGUACUUAUGAAUUAAACUUUUUUAUUUAUAA